GACACACGAUAUAAUUUGUAAAACGCGUACGCUUCUUAAACACCAGAAGACGAUGGGGAACUGCGCCUUCGCCGGUCUAGGCCGCGACGGCGCUUCCUCGCCGACGGUCAAAGUAGUCACCUCCGACGGCGGCGUAAUGGAGCUCGCAGGGCCGGUGACAGCCGAACGCAUCACCGCCGCCUUCCCCGGCUACGCCAUCUUCCCAUCCCACGACCUUUUCUCAUCUCCUCUCCUACACACCGACGAGCUCGCUGCCGGCGAGCUCUACUAUCUUCUUCCUCUCACUACACGAGCCACCGCCCUUCUCCCCUCCGUUGCCGCACCGUACCGGGUGUCUUUUGACCGCCACGCUGCUGUCUUCUGUCCACGGCCGAAGCCGGAAGCCGGCGCGCCAGCGAUGGCGGCGGCGGUGUGGAAGGUGAAGCUGGCAAUAAGCGCGGCGGAGCUGGCGGAGAUCUUGGCUCACGAAUCGAGAACGGAGGCGCUCAUAGAGAGCGUAAGGGCGGUGGCGAUGUGCGCCUCCAGCGGAUCGACGGCUUCGACUGCGACGGCAUCGGAUCUGUGGAGUUUGUCCAGCAGCCGGAAGGCUUCGUCGGAGAAUCUGGGUUUUAGCUGCACUGCCGGAAAAUUUCGCCGUCGAAUGUGGGGUCCCGCUAGUGACGUGGAGGACUGAUUUUUGCGCCGAGGAUAAAUUGUUGUAGAUAAAUGCUUAGUUCACUCGCCGGUUAACAUCUCUUUAGAAUAUAUCACAAAAAUAUAUGACAUUGGGCUACCACUUUCUUC